AUGGCGAAUCAUGACACGUUUGGGACAUGGCUCACUUGUGUAAUGGGGCCACCCACAAGCGUGACACAUAUUCCAUGCAAGGUUGCGCUAGGUUGGUGCCACCGUCGCUACACAUCAGAUGCACAAAUUUGCUUCAUUUAUGUCAAGUGUUGCAAAGGCAAACUGCACAUCAAUAGGGCGAUCAAAGGCAUGCAGACCUUGUUUCAUGUGAAUGUUGUGCUAAAGCCAGCCACAAGCUUUCGUGUCGGUCUACAAAAAGCUGCAUCCCAGCAAACUUGCCGCCUGCUGCGCGAGUUUGACUCUGCCCUGGAUGAAUUGCUUGCUGCCCCGAGCUCAAUGCACAUUUCAAGUGGAUCAACAGCAAAACAAGCAAAGGGCAGGUUCGUUAGUUUGCAGCCUGCUGUGAGGUACAUGUAA